ACAAAAUAUCGAAGAAAAAAAGGUGGUGUCUAAUGGAAUGCCAGAAGAAACUGUAUUUGAAAAAAGUUUGGUAGCACUUUUUAAAAAAGACCAGAUGCCAAAAGCACCUGAUAUUUUAGAACCAUUUAAAAAAGACCAGAUGCCAAAAGCACAUGAUAUUUUAGAACAAUUUAAAAAAACCAAAUGCUAA